CUUUACUUGAAGCUGGUGAGUGGGUUGUGUUGUAGAAGUCUCCCAGGAACUCACUCAGACGUGUACGAUCGUCAGUAGAUCUUUGCUCAGGAAGUUCAGUAACAGUUAUGCUACAAGUCUGACAACAUGCCUGUAUUUCACACGAAGACGAUCGAGAGUAUUUUGGAGCCUGUCGCUUUGCAGGUCUCCCAACUUGUAAUCUUACAUGAAGAAGCCGAAGAUGGCAAUGCCAUGCCCGAUUUGUAUCGGCCGGUGCAAGCUGUAUGUGCCGCCGUCAACAACCUGGUCAAAGUUGGUCGUGAGACUGCGGAGACCAGUGCCGAUAAAGUCCUUAAACAAGAAAUGCCGCUGGCACUGAAUAGGGUGGAGGAGGCUUCUGGGUUAUUGGUUGAUGCAUCAGGGUUGCUGAGGGAUGACCCAUUCUCCGUGCCUGCCAGGAAGAAAUUGAUAGAUGGCGCUAGAGGUAUUUUGUCAGGUACCUCAGCAUUGCUACUGGCUUUUGACGAAGCCGAAGUGAGGAAGAUUCUCCGAGUAUGUAAAAGUGUGUUGGAAUAUUUAGCCAUUGCUGAGGUCGUCGAAUCAAUGGAAGAUCUGGUAACAUUUGUGAAGAAUUUGACUCCCGGAAUGACUACAAUGUCUAAAAUGAUAGACCAGAGAGAGAAAGAACUGACACAUCAAGUUCAUCGUGAGAAGUUAGUGUAUUCAAUCAACAGUGUUAAGAAUUUGACUCCUGUACUGAUUUCUGGUAUCAAGAUAUUCGUCACUACCAAGCAAACAGGCGGUAGAGGUGUAGGCGAAUCACAGGAGAACCGAAACUACGUGGUUACCAAGAUGUCGCAGGAAAUACACGAGAUAAUUCGUGUAUUGCAACUGACAACAUACGAUGAAGAAGGCUGGGAUGUUGAUGAUAUCACAGUGAUGAAAAAAGCCCAGGCCGCUAUAUUUGGUAAAGGAGACCUCGCCAAGGAUUGGUUGAGCAACCCUCACGCGGAACCUGGUGGUUUGGGUGAAAGAUCAAUUCGUCAGAUUGUUGACGAAGCACGUAAAGUUGGAGCAAGGUGCGAGGGACCUGAAAAAGACGAGAUACUGAGACUCUGUGAUGAUAUCACAGUAAUGACUGAUCAGUUAGCUGAAUUGAGAGCGAGAGGGGAGGGCAACACUCCCCAGGCUCAGCAGCUUGCCAGGGCUAUACAAGAUAGAGUCGACUAUUUGACUGGACGUGUUAACAGCGCCGUAGCCCACUAUGCUCAGAGUGGUAUCCGUAAACCGGCUCCAACUGUCAGUGGCAAAGUAGAACAGGCGCAGCAGUGGUUGGCUUCUCCUGGUGUGGAUGAUAGGGGUCUCGGUCAACAAGCCCUGAGAAUGGUCAUCAAUGAAGGACGGAAAGUGGCUGAAGGAUGCUCUGGACCAGAGCGUGUCCGACUACAUCAGCUCUGUGAUGACUGCGAGAGACUGACCAAUCAGCUAGCUGAUCUGUGUGCUCGUGGACAGGGCAACACACCCCAAGCCCAUGCUAUCAGUCGUCAACUGUCUUCCAAACUUCAGGAGUUGAAAGAUGCAAUUCAACAAUCACUAGUCAAUCAGGUGGCUGAAGUCUUUAUUGACACAACCACGCCAUUGAAGCAAUUUAGUGCUGCCGCUUAUGCUCCACCAGGUGCUCCAAACAGAGAGGCAGAGUUCAGUAAUAAAGCUGGUUCAUUUGAUCAGCAUUCUAGUCGUCUUGCCAACACUGCGCAGCGAGUGGCUGAAGCUGGUGGUUGUAAUGAUAAAAGAACUGUAGAAGCAAUACAUGACAGAUCCCAACAGGUUCGUGAUAUGACUCCUCAAGUAAUCCAUGCUGGACGUAUAUUGCUAGAAAAUCCUGACAAUGAGGAAAGACUGCGACAUGACGCUGCCAGGGAGCAUUUUGAAAUGCUGAAGAAGGAGUGGACCGGCAAUAUGGAGAAGUUGACGGGACUCGUAGAUGAAGCGACAGAUACUGUGUCUUUCAUCAAAGCUACAGAGGAAGCGUUGAAGCACGAUAGCAACAUGGUGGAUGGUGCCAUCAAGAACCAAGACCCAGCACAGAUCGUGAGUGGUGCAUCCAAUAUGGCUCGCCGUGCCAAUCGAGUUUUCAUGGUAGCUAACCAGGAAGUGGAGAAUUCUGAAGAUCCUAACUUUGUACAGAAGGUCAGCGAAGCCUCGGAACGUAUGACCCAACGUAUCUCACCAUUGGUUAUAAAUGCCAAGGCUGUAGCCAGUAACCCUAGCGACAGAAAUGCACAAGAUGGAUGGUAUAACUCGGACAAGCAUUUAAUUGAUGCAGUUGGCGGUGUCCGUGAAGCUAUCCUCAUGUCACAGCGAGAGAAGUACCCCCCACCUCCUCCUGCUCCAGAACCAAUUCCAGAAGAACAGUUUCCAGGACCGCCAGAUAUGAGCCAGUUGCACAUCAGUGAAGCUGAUUUACAUCGUCCAUUAGAUCGUCAAUUGCUGCAUUCUUCAGGCCAACCAGGCAUAUCGGCCGAUCAGCUGGAUGCUUCUCGACGCGAACAGAUGAUGCAGCAACCUCCCAGUGAAUCCGGUGUGUCUCCUUCUUCCUCCCCAUCAUCAAAAGCAUUGAAUUCCAGGUCUCAACAUUCUGUAUCCUCUCCGCCACCACCACCACCUCCACCACCUGGUCCACAGGUCUCCUCUUCUCCUGGUCCACAAGUCUCCUCUUCUCCAGCGCUGUCACACCAGUCUUUGCCUGCUAGCACUACUCUGCCAUCAACUCCUCUUAGACAACUGAAUGCAAGAACCAUCCCACACUCUAUUCCUCCACAACCUUCACUUGUAGCUGCUCCGUUCUCAGGCUACAAGACGACCGUGCAAACGUGUCGAGUGCCACCUCCGCCGCCUCCUAAACCCCACCAGCUGCCCAGCACAAACCAACCAGGUUUUGAGGAUUUUUACAAGGAACUUGAUACGGUUUUAGAUUCUGUGAUGAACCAAGGCUAUGAAACAAGUACUGAUGGUUCCUAUACUCCUCACGGCCCACCAAGGCCAGGACAUGAAAUUAAACCCACCCGAGAAACUUUCAGUGUUCACGCAACCAUACCAGUGAGACCACCUCCAAGACCGCCGCUACCAGAGCAAGAUUGCCCCCCACCAAGACCACCCCCUCCAGAAGACUCAACAGAUGACGAGAUGGAAGUUCAUUUCCCUAAACCGCAAGCCAAUCAACCAAUCAUGACUGCUGCUUACUCACUCCACAUGGAGGCGCAAAAAUGGUCAAGUAAAGGUAACGAAAUUGUCGCUGCUGCCAAGAAGAUGGCUCUGUUGAUGGCGCAAAUGGGUAGACUUGUCAGGGGUGAAGGUGGUUCAAAGAAAGAACUUAUACACUGUGCCAAAGCAAUUGCCAAGGCCUCUGAAGAGGUGACAAGAUUGGCCAAGGAAGUGGCUAAACAGUGCACAGACAAGAGAAUGAAACUGAACCUUCUGCAGGUGUGCGAACGCAUCCCGACUAUAAGCACUCAGCUGAAGAUACUCUCAACUGUCAAAGCCACCAUGCUUGGCGCACAAGGUUCGGAGGAAGAUCAGGAAGCCACAGAAAUGUUGGUCGGCAAUGCUCAGAACCUAAUGCAGUCAGUAAAAGAAACCGUUCGUGCGGCAGAAGCUGCUUCUAUCAAGAUUCGUACAGAUUCAGGAUACACAUUAAAUUGGAUUCGAAAACGACCAUGGUACCAGUAAAAUCAAACAUUCAAUUUAUUUUGUUGGUGGUUGAAAUAAAAAAAUGGCAUGUCCAUUCUGUGCCUAGAUCAUUAUGGUAAAAAGACAAUAUUUUCUAUGUAAUAUAAAAAUAGUAUGGAGGGGGUAUUAUUAUGUUGAGACGGUUAGGUAAAAGCUAUUUCAUAAUAAAGUCCUCUAAAAAGAAGGGGGGACACAUACUAUUUUUUUUAACCCUUUUAUGGUAGGCUUUUCAUUAAAAUUAAAAAUAGUUACUUUAUAGAUAAAUAUUAUACAUGCAUGGAUUUAUAAAAAGUAGAGUGAUAUAGAAAAAAUAAAAUGAUUUAUUCUAUAAAAAUGUCAAGAUCAUGUGAUAGAAUUCAUUCCUUUAAGUUCUACUUCGUGAUUAUAAGUGAUUUCUUUUUUCAUGACAAAUAAAUUAGGCUAUAUGAUUAAUGUGAAUAUAAACAUCAACGAUAAAGCAUUUCAUAUAUUUAAAAAAACACAUUUAAUCUUAAAACCGUUGUCAAUGAAAUUUAUUGCUGAUAGUCAGGUUCUAAAAAUAACUAUUCUUUUUCUAAAAAUGCAAACGGAUGGAUUUUCAUUAAUCAUAAUAAUUCCACAGUAUUUGAUAGUAUCAGUAAAUUCUGUAAAAACAAAAUGUCUUUUGAAAAUUACUGUCUUCUAAAUGAGUGCAUUGCAUUGUGGGAUAUUUAGUAUGAUGUGUGGUGGAUCAUGAGAAAACAUCUUCAUUUGAGGGAGUGGUAUUGUUAUUAAUUAUUUGGGUUAAACUUUUGGGAAUGUAAUUUCCAUCAUUACGAUGGUUUGUGAAAAUUAGGUCAAUAUUUCACAAAGAUGAAAGAAAGAAAUUUAUGUAUUGAGAAAAUAAGUUACUGUAGAAUACUUUAUUUUCACUUGGAAUUAAUUUUCACUGAAGGAAUGAUUCAGUGAAAAUAAAAUCUAGUGAAUAUAUAUUUUUUUCUAUAUUUUACAUUUACAACUUGUCAAAAAUCAGUGAAAAUAAAUUCCAUACAAAAUACCGAAAAAAGUCUUUUCAGCCAAAUUUGUUUCCAGCUAAAAUAAAGUAUUUUACAUUAUGUUCAACAUUAUGUUCAACAUUAAGUUUAUGUUGUGCAUGUGCUCCACAUACCUGUGUAUGUUGUCAUCUUGAAUCUUUGAUGUUAAUGUGAAGCAAAAUGUUUAUUCAAAAUUGGUUGUGAACCUGGAAUUUUUAUUUCCCAGUAUCGAUAUUGUAUUAGAAAAAAGAGAUGGCUGGGAAUUGGUGACUUUGGCAGAAAACCUGAAUAAUGUAUUCUGUAUUUGACAGGAACCUGAAUAAAUCAUAAGAGAUAAGCCAUCACAGAUUAGUGAAAAAUCGGGGCAUCAAAGUUAUGCUUAAAUUAUUGAAUAUAAGAAUAUGAUUUUGAUGAAAAUGAGGAAUAUUCGCGUGAUUCAAAAGAAAGAGCACUGUUUUAAUUAUAUUUUAUUCUGUACCUUGUGAAUAAUUAUUAAAGCAUGACCUAUUUAUAGAAGCUGCCAUAGUUUUGUAAUGUUAUGUAUUUAUUUAGAUAACUAGUAGAUAUUUUACCAAAUCCUUUAUAAGUUUAUGUAUUUGUUUUUACAUAGCUUGUGUAUGAAUAUUCAUAUUUGUGUAUGAAUAUUCAUAUUUGUGUAUGAAUAUUCAUAUUUGUGUGAUUAUUCAUGUGCAGCUAUUCAUGUUCUGGGAAUAUAUUAGAAUGUAUACCUAUUUUAUGAAUAUUCAUUAGGGUAUAUGAAUCUUUAGUACUGUAAAAUACUUUUAUUUUUGCUUGGAAUUUAUUUUUCAUUUAAGGGAUGAUUCAGUGAAAAUAAAAUCCAGAGAAUAUAACUUUUUUCUUGUAUUUCACAAUCAACUUGUCAAAAAUCAGUGAAAAUAAACUCCAAACAAAACUUCUAAAAAGUCUUUUUCAGCAAAGAUUAAUUUCAGCUGUAAAAGUAUUUUACAGUUGAUACAUUUAUCAGCAACAUACUUAUUAUUUGUGUUUGUAUUAGCUGGGAUGCAUUUUUUUUGCAUUAGAUGUCUUCAUAUUUAUUAGCAUUCAUGUAGUAAGAAAUCCUGCUUAGCACAUGAAUAU